UCAACCCCCUGCACAUCAGUGCUCAAAAAACUAACUGGAAAUAGAGCAAGCAGCUUGACUGGCUCCACUACAGAUUAGAAGGUGGAAUCCAUGAGAAAAUGAGUGCCUGCUAUAGAAAUAGGAGCCUCACAGCUGGUCCCAGCUGCACCCUGGGCUGAGAAGGCAAAACUGUCAGAAAGCAUCCUCACCAGAGCUUGGUCUUGCCACCUGUCUUUUGUCCUGAUUGGGGCAGUGGGGGAGGUCCAGGUUUAACAUACUUAGAUUUGGUCCUCCUAGGUAGCUUCCUGGGGGAAGGAGUGCCUACCAUUGACAAGGGCUGGGGAAUUGGAGGCUCAUUUGAGGGUUUUAAUUCUCCCACCUAAUGAGAAUUUCUUUGGCCACUCAAAGGAGUCAGGGCUGAGGUUUCCUACACUUUUAUUCAAGCCCACCUUCUGACCCCAAGAUGACCACCAGAGCCCUGCCCAGUCAAGAAGGCGUGUGGGGAAGGGAAGCAGCCAGCUCAGUCAUCCCCCUUUUAAGGAGCAUUUUGGAUGCCCCGCCCAAUAACUCCUGCUUACAGCUCAUUGGUCCAACUGUGUCACAUGACUGCCAUAGCUGCAAGGGAGUCUGGGAAAUGUUUGACUUUGACACACAUCCACCUCGAAUCAGGUUCUUACUACCCUGCAGAAUAACCCUUCUCCUGCAACUCUUUCCCUCCAGGACCGGAGAGAACCCUCUCCCAGGCGACCAAAAGGCCUGCUUGAGGCAGCACAGGCUCCGUGGCUUCAAAGAGGCCUUCACAAAACAUUUCCAAAAGCCUGGCCACUCAGGUCAAAAAUCUGACACCCUCCACACACUAACAACACUCAGUCACAUCCCAGAUGGGGGCAAGGUAAGGGUGCAGCAGGACUCAGGGGCACACAGCGAGGUCUGGCCGCGUGCAGUGCACCCCCAGAAGACCUCCUUCCUGCGCACUUGCCGGCUGGGCGUGACCCUGCGCUCACCCCGCCGGCGGGCGGGGGCCCGGGAGGAGGGGGUGCGCCGAGGGGCUUGAGGGCAGGCCUCCGUGCGCAUGCGUCCUCCCUCCCCCUCCCCCUCCCCCCCGCGCUGGGCCAGGGUGGGAGCAUCUCCUCCGGGUCGGUCCUGUCAGAGCUGCGGCGGGUUCGGGUCCCAGCGCAACUGCCUCUCCCGGGACAGAGGGUCUGCUGUCUCCAUCUCUUCCCUGAGCUGCCUGCCGGGGCCAUGGCGCUGCCAACAAAUCCUAGCACGGUUGAUCUGGGCCUGGGCACGUGGAGCCCUAGCUCCCAGGAGGAGAGCUCCACGGCUCAGGGCACCCCCAGGGGUGCUGAGAAGCAGCUGCCCGAGUACAAGGCGGUGGUGGUGGGCGCGAGUGGCGUGGGCAAGAGUGCGCUGACCAUCCAGCUGAACCACCAGUGCUUCGUAGAAGACCACGACCCCACGAUCCAGGAUUCCUACUGGAAGGAGGUGGCCCUCGGCCAUGGAGGCUGCAUUCUGAAUGUGCUGGACACGGCAGGGCAGGCCACUCAUAGGGCCCUGCGUGACCAGUGCCUGGCUAUUGGGGAUGGUGUGCUGGGGGUCUUUGCCCUCGAUGACCCUUCGUCUCUGGCCCAGCUGCAGCAGAUAUGGGCCACCUGGGGCCCUCGCCACACCCAGCCCCUCGUCCUUGUGGGCAACAAGUGUGACCUCGUCACCAGCACCGGAGAUGCUCACGCCGCCGCUGUAGCCCUCGCGAAGAGCUGGGGGGCCCCCUUUGUGGAGACCUCAGCCAAGACACGGCAAGGUGUAGAGGAGGCCUUUUCCCUGCUCAUCCAUGAGAUCCAAAGGGUCCGGGAGGCCAUGGCGAAGGAGGCUGCGGCCCGGCCCCGGGGGGCUAAGGGCCGGCACCGGAAGGCCACAUGCCGCUGUGGCUGCAGCGUGGCCUGAGGGUCCUGGUCAAGAAAAGUGGACCCCCCCCCCCCUAGGCCAAGGUGGUGGUUGCUUCACGUGAGACCUGUUGCACAACUAGCUGUGUGGGACACUGUGGUGUACUGGGAUAAAGGGAUCCCUCUUAGGAAGGUUUUCAUUCGGUGAGGGGCUUUUUGGCAAUGUGGGGUGUAGUGUUGGUUAUGUUAUGUCAAAUUGAGAGAUUUUGUGCAAAAUCAAAUAAAUUGUGUUCUUAGGUUUGAAA